CUUGUUUGUUAUAUCUUAUCUAUACGAUGGCAUUUACAUCGAGUCGGCAUCAAAACAUAUAUCAGGAUCUUGAUGGCGCAUUCCUACUGGCUUUAUCCAUCGAUGAUUCGCCAAAGAAAGGACCUUCUACCGGAACAGCAUAUAACGUACCGGAUACGUUUGACGAAAGUGAUGAUUUAAUGGAAGUUGAUGCUACAUAUGAGAUGGAGACUAAAGAGAAUGAAUCAUCUCUUGCAGGCAUAGGUGAGAAUGCUGAAACUCCCUUGCAGAUGAACGAUGAACUCGAUAAUCAAAUCGAUAGUCAAAACAAGGAUCAAUUCAAGAAUCAAAUCGAUAGUCAAAUCGAUCAUGAGGAUGAUGAAAUUGAUGAUAGAGAAAUCAAUGAAGAAAACAACGAAGGGCUAGUUGGAAACAUCUCCAACUCUCUAAUUUUAUCGCCUACGUCGCUUGGGGCACAGAUGGCCAUAAGGCGUAAUCAUAAGGAGGGCGAAAGGGAGGAUCAAGUUGAUUACGAAUACGACACUAGCAUGUAUCCCAGCACGAAAAGUGAAGUUGCCCGCAAUAUGACGUCUUUUAAACCCAAAGUCGAUGCCAAAAUAUUUUUAGCAGAGAAUGACGAAAUGGCGCCCGAGAUCAAACAAGCUCCAAUAUAUAGUAAUGAAAUGAAUAAGAGUUGGAAUUACCAGCGACAGUUUGCCCGGGCCAACGGCAAUGUUGAAAUACAUCACCAUCAUUACUAUUACGGCAAUGCGCCCACCACCACCGUGCUGGCCCAGCCGGCCAUUAGCACAGCACCAGAUAAGCCAGAGUAUCAACUUGAUAAAAUCAAACUCCCCCAACCGUGGGAAGAAAGCACCCCCAACGAAAAAAUUCCUUACAUGUUGAUGACAUAUUUGCAAUUGCUAGUCAAUGUAAUUGUAUUUGGAUACGGAAGUUAUAUUUUGACCAGUAUGGUUAAACUGAUUAAACAAGACAUUCAGCAUAAACUUCUAGCGCACGCAAAUGAUAUAAUGGUUGAUAUAGUAAGCUGCGAAAGACAAUAUCAUGAAAAUCAAUGUUCUCCUGAUACUAUAGUGCCAGCAUUAGAAAGACAAUGUAAUUACUGGUUGAAAUGUAUGAAUCAAGAUCCCUUCAAUGGAGGUGGAAAGCAAGCGUCAAUCAGUGCACAGACAAUUGGUAUGAUUCUCAACUCUUUAGUCGAGCCUUUAGGCUUGAAGUUUUGGUUUUUAUGUUUUUUACUAGUGGUGAGUCUAUUCAGCAGCAAUUUUCUCUUUGGCUACUUCAGAGCUAAAACCUAUUACGGUUGGAACGAAGAUACUUAAUAAACACAUUUGCAUUUUCUCUAAAUGACUAAUAAAUACAUUUGCAUUUUCUCUAAAUGACUAAUAAAUACAUUUGCAUUUUC